GAACGGGCUCGGCAAGUGCCUCAUGGCUCCGCAUGCGGGCGGAAUUCGCCAGGCAAAGCUCUCCUAUACGGCGGUUCGCGGUGGUGUGGACAUAGCUUGCCGGGGCACCGACUGGCGCGAUAAUGACCGAAGCAACUACAUCCCUUUCCUGGGCGUGGGGGAUCUGGACACUUGCAAGGGCUACUGCAGCGAAAG